CUCAAAAUCCAACAUGGCGCAGUCCCUCCGCCGGUGUCCUGUCUGUCCUGUGCCCACGACCGGAUUUAUUUGGUCGUGGUCUUGCCCUGCCGCUGCUCCCUACCACAGUACCGUCGCUGCCACUCCCGCGGAAGGAAUUUACGGUUCGCGCGUGCCAUGCCACUUGCAAUUGCAAAGAAUUGCCAACUCCCUCCAAAACUGUCCUGAAGGCAACCUGGCAAAUGACGCUGCUGCCCAGGAGACAAGCAAUGCAACCAGUUUAACCAAAACGAGCAUCACCGACUCUUGGCCUACUUCAGGAAACCACUUACCUCCACGUCCUGCCAUGGGAGCCAUCAAGGACGAAGGGGAGAGUUUCGGCUACGAAGGCACCGAAAGCGAGGAUUUUUCAGAAGAUAGGUCAGGCGGGUUGCAGAGGGAGACGCAGCAACGACGGGAGGUGCAGGGCAAGACGGAAUGGCAGGGCAAUCGGAACCACAUUGACUUGGGUGACACCGACAACAAGCCCCCUUCUCCGGAAAGCGAGUUGGACAGGCGGCAAGUCAAGAGCCGGCCCCAACAAAAAAGACCUCGAGGACAGCAACAGCGAGCCAACUUCCCUGCAAGGCAUUGUGGAAAAUCGGCAACCGAACGUGCAGUUUUGACAGGGUACAUGCCAUUUCUGCUGCUGCUCCUGUACCAGUCGUUAUGGACGUCGUGUUGCCCCGUCACAAAAAGACGCACAUGGAAGAGAAGCCCUUCAACCGUUGUGUCCGUUCAAGAGUAUUUGCUCCAAAGGCCCACUUGCACCACCACACGAGGACUUGCAUGCGUAAAAAGCCAUUUCGAUGCGAUGUUUGUCAGACAGCAUUUGCACAAAGUUCCAGUGCAGCAUGAGUGGCAGAGCCUUCGCACACCGUUCCUGCCUGCUGGAUCAUCAGAGAAUCCGCCAAUGUAAGCAGCCUUAAAAGUAUGGGGACUGCGAACAGUUGCACGGGAUAGUCGCAUAAACAAGUAUGAGAAGGGUAAAGGAGGAAAAUAUGUUGCAUAAUACUUGUGGCUUGUUGGGAAUACAUGUUUAGACAUUUGCGGUGUGGUUCACUGCAUGUCCAUUAUUUGUUUGGCUCGGCAGGAAAGCCAACUCUAUAAUGGAGUUUUGUCGGUCGUGUACAUUAUCAGCUGUUGCCACUCUGAACUGCAGCACCUCUGCUGCACCAUUUUUUUUUUUUGUUCCAUUAUUGAUCAUCAUUUUACAGAACUUACUAGCUUCUAACUUGGGAAUUCUUUUUGUUUGAGAAUACAUCAAGCUCCUUUGAGCACUUUAUUAUGACUGGAUGAGGUGAAGUUGAGUUUUGCUAAAUGCAGUUUUGCUUUCUACAGGCUGACCAUGUAUGAAAAGCACCUCUUCAAAUACCCUCCGAUUUCCCUAUGUUUGAGCCUCUAGUUGUGCCACUGUUGGAGCUGCAAAACAUUCCUCCAUGUUCAAUUGUAUUGCCAAUAUUGUAAAACUUUUCCGUGGUCAAUUUAGUAAAUUAUGAAUAAAUUGCUUUUCUUUUUUUGUGCACAUUAUAGCCUUAUUGCCUCGUUCCUCUGCUUGGUAAGCAUUCAACAAACAGGCAUGCCAAGCAACCUUUUUUUAUGUCUGGAUAUCACGAGCUAACGGUGGAGGUACUACACCACUUAAAUUAUCUGCAUUUUUAUCCGUGAUAAAUGUGAUCAAAUAUU